CGCUGCGCGAUAGGUCCGGUGCGGAACGCAGCCCACAACACAACGCACACUCGCCUGCAGCAUAAAUUGAGCGAGGGGCCCCCCGGUGGAGCCUCUUUCCAAAGAGACGCGUCACGAUUCUCACUACUUGCACACCGCCCUUGUAUUUAAGACUUGCGGCACAGCCCGUCUCCUCAAGCUAGACUGUCACGACUUUACGACUCGCGAUGAAUACGAAUACGCACGCUGAUCUUGCCGCCGCCGCGACAUCCUCACCAAACAGAACGGUCGUGUUUCCUUCGCAGGGACCGGACGGCGAGAGUCAGAGGAACGAAAAUUCGAUGGGGCGCCCCACAAGCAAGGACGGGGAUCAGUGGCCUCCAUUGCGCAAGAAGAGGGCCUCCAAUGACCUGCGAGAUCUGUAUCAACAUGGCAGGUCAUUAUCAGCCGACCAGACAACGUCGGAAGCUAGGCCCUCGACAGCGAGAACUCUGAGCAAUGGGGUUCAGAAGAGUCUGCUAUGAUCACGACAUGCCUAAAUUGACUGACCACUGUAUUUUUACGACUUGUAAUGGAGGACUUUUUCUUUGCGAAUCAGUGUAUGAUACACCGGGGCGGAAUAUACUGUAUGGAUCAGGGGUAUGCUGAUGGACAUUGUAUGUAAUUGUACUGCUAUGUUAUGCGGAAUAUGGCUUUCCUCGAACAACGGUCUGAAAUUCUGGAAAACCAGUUAGCCCGCAUGUUAUCACAAGAUGUACGCGUUCUACCUUAUCACUAUGGCUUUUCUCUUGUGUAGGCAGGAUUUCCGAUUCGUCAUAUAGACUCAGGCUAUCCUCCUCCAU